AUGGCCCCAAAGAAGAAGAAGAAGCCCACGGCUAAUCCUGCUCGAGGCUUUGCCACGACUUCUCUACCUUCUAAGUCCAAGACCGUUGACGAGCCGGAUCAGGCUUUGGUUAACGUCAAUGAUGAAUCUCUGGUAGCAGGCACUGAUACUAAACUCACGGCACGGCUUGAUGACGAGCACGCGGCUCCGAACAGCGGCAAGCCGUCUGAGCACGGUCUGAAGAUCCAAGAUAUGACUCCCGAGGAGUUUGAAGCUCAUCUGGAAGAAUCUGAAUUGGAGACGAUGCUCAGCAAGUAUGCUAACCGAUGCAUUGCUGAUGCUCGACGUCAAGUGGUCAGACUAGAAACCGAGCGGCGUCAAUUGCGUCCGCAGGCCCAUAGGUUAUCAACAUACAACUGGUUGCCCGAAGAGACGAUUAACGAUGUGUUCGGUAUGGACGUUGGGGAUACGAAUGCUGUAUUUCCAGCCUCCAGGGGCGUUCGGACUUCAGUAGAUGAAGAGAAGCUCUCGGUCGACCUCUGGAGUUUGGAGAGAGUCUUGGUGUCAUUGAACUUUCCGAGUGUCUCACUGGCAGUUGCUUACAUUACUGAAAUUGCUCUUCUGGGACAGCUAACGGUAACCCCUGACUCCCUCUCUGGUCUGCCUGAAGCUUUGCAAUGGUAUGCCUCUAAAGGUCCAGCGACGGAACUCAUGAACUAUGAGCAGACGACAGGAACAAAGACUGGAUUGAGUGGUGAUAGCACGCCUCUCCAAAUAGCAUCAGAACCGGCAACCGGCAACCAAAGCAGACAGUCUCCUGCGGCGACUCCUGCAGGAGUCGCAGAAGCGGAGGAAGACUCAUCGGCAAGCCCAGAGGCUUCAGAAUCUGAGGAAGACAACGACCCUGCGAAACUGACAGAGAAAUUUGUUGGAAUUCAACAACAGAUCUGGGUGGCUCAAAACGAAGAAGCCAACGACAGGAUGAAGGCAGUGGCCAGAAAGGAAAAGCGAAUCGCUAGAUUGCAGAGUAAAUUACAACAACUAUGUUGUGAUCCGCUGUUCGAUAAACAAGAAGCAGAAGCUGCAUGGGCAACCAUCUUGACUCAACUCCAGGGAACACGCCAACAACUCAUGCGGGUUGCUGCUACAAAACGGCGAGAGCAAAAGCAAGCCGCCGCUCAACAAAACAUUGACGAUGAUACCGAGAUCAAGAAGCUCGUGGCAGAGGACAAUGGACCUGCAACUGCUGAGGAUGAAGAUGGUCUUCUGGGCGGCAUGUUUGGAGAAUCUGAAGACACUCUUAUUCCUCAGCAGAACCACCCGGCAUCUGAGAGCUCAAUAAGACUACUGGACUUUGGAAAUUGGUCUGGCCUUUCGCCGAAACGACUGCUUGAUGAAGUCUGUAGAACCCGUGAUUCGGGAUGUCGAGUACAGAGCAGAACUUUGCAGGAAACCUCAUACUCUGCGCGACACACUCUACAAAUCUCUUGGACAGCCAAUACUAUGCCUGAAGGUCUCGCUACGACGGCAUUACCACCCGAGAUCUUUGCGCAAGUUAGUGAGCGACUUUGGGAAUUGGAGAUGAGAAUGAUUGCGGCAGCAAGCACUGCUCAAUCGGAAGCUUAUAUCUGCACGCUCGGCCUGUUUCUGGUGUCAACACUAGGCGCAAGUGAGCAGAAAGCAAUUGGUCGUCUGCCGACCGUCUGGAGAGAUGUGGUCAAAGACUUGGGCGAAGCAAAAGAGAAGGUCGUCAACAAGGAACGGAAAGAGACCCUGCGGCGGCUUCGGGCGCUCAUUCAUGAAACACAGGAACGACUGAAACAGCAACAAGCAAAACUCCCCAGCAAGGAGCUAGCUAAGCCGCUCAGCAACGUCAGUGAUCGCCGCCGGACAAGAGUACCUGUCUCGAAUUGGAGCCCAGAACAAGUUUCUAAGGAAUGGAAUAUGCGAACCUCUCAUUCAUCUUUUCAUGAAAUGCUCCAAAUCCGCCAACAGCUCCCUGUUCAUCAGUACAAAGACCAGAUCCUCUCUUGCAUUCGCAAAAACGCGGUGAGCGUCAUUUGCGCAGAGACUGGAGCUGGCAAGUCAUCUGGGAUCCCGGUCCUGCUUCUGGAACAGGAGUUCAGCGCCGGUCGAGAUUAUCGCAUCCUUGUGACGCAGCCAAGGAGAAUAUCUGCUAUCACCUUGGCCAGACGUGUUUCUCAGGAGCUGGGGGAGAGUCGGAAUGACAUCGGCACUAAUAGAUCACUUGUCGGCUAUGCAAUCCGUUUGGAGAGCAAGACCAGCAAUACCACUCGCAUCACAUAUGCGACGACCGGCGUUUUGUUGAGAAUGUUGGAGGAAUCCCCGAACCUCAUUGAGCUGGACUGCCUCAUCCUGGAUGAAGUCCAUGAACGUACAAUGGAUUUGGACCUGCUAUUUAUCGCGUUGCAGAAGUUGAUGAAGCGCCGGAGUACAUUGAAGAUCGUCCUCAUGUCGGCUACAGUUGACGCGAAGAAAUUCUCGGACUACUUUGGUGGCGCACCGGUGUUAGACCUGCCUGGAAGGACAUUUCCUGUUGAAGUGGGAUUCCUAGAGGAUGCGGUCGAGGUUACCAAUGACCUUGCUGGCGUCAAAGAAAAUGACUUAGUCGUCCAGGACGAAGAUCAGGACUUUGACGAGUUUUACGCGAACGAUAAGGGGCGACCUGUCAUCGCCGAACCGGAGAAGUACAGUAGUCAGACUCAACAGGCGGUUGUCAACAUGGAUGAAUAUCAUAUUGACUAUAGCCUUGUCGCAAAACUCGCCGCCACCAUUGCCACCAAACCACGUUAUGCGAAAUACAGCAGUGCAAUCCUGAUCUUCAUGCCGGGCAUAGGCGAAAUGCGACGUCUGUACAGCUUUCUCCUCUCAAUGGACACCUUCGGCAGAAACUGGGUCGUGCACCUUUUACAUUCGACCUUCUCGACUGAGGAGCUCGAGCGGGCCUUUGAGCGACCGCCAAAAGGGCACAGAAAGAUCGUGAUCGCGACCAAUAUCGCCGAGACUGGCAUAACCAUUCCAGACGUGACGGCGGUGAUCGACACGUGCAAGGAGAAAAUCAUGCGCUUCGAUGAACGCCGCCAGCUCUCGCGGCUGACGGAGGGAUUCAUUUCCCGCUCUUCAGCGCGGCAGCGGAGAGGUCGCGCCGCUCGCGUCCAGGAGGGUCUCUGCUUCCACCUCGUCACCAAGCAUCGGUACGAAAAUCUGAUGCUUGAGCAGCAAGUCCCAGAAAUGCUGCGACUGAGUUUGCAGGAUCCGAUUCUGCGGAUCAAGGUGUGGAAUCUGGGGUCGAUUGAGGAGACGCUCAAUGCGGCGAUCGAGCCGCCUUCGAGGAAGAAUGUGCUCAGAGCGAUUGACAAGUUGAAGGACGCGGGAGCGUUGGCCAAGAAUGAGGCGCUGACGCCGCUGGGGCAGCAGAUUGCUAGGCUACCCCUGGAGGUGUUGUUGGCGAAGCUGGCGAUCUUUGGGGUCAUUUUCAGAUGUCUGGAUCCCAUACUCGCCAUCAUAUCCCUCUUGGGCUCCAAGUCACCGUUCCUGCCCAUUCCAACUUCCGGUUCACAGAUCGAUGCUCGACACGCGUUCAGUCGGGGUAACUCGGACCUGCUCUCGUCCCUGAACGCCUACGAAAGCUGGAAGAAAGCCAAAGCAGCCCGCAUGGCCCAGGAAUUCUGCCGCAAAAACCACAUCAGCGACCAGACGAUGGGGCAGGUCGAGGCGCAAAAGAUUCAGUUGCUCGUGUACCUCGUCGACGCAGGCCUGGUGACGCUGGAGCCGGAGGAACGAGCAGCCCUGAACAGGGCCCGCACUUAUUCCGGACGAGGCGGUGUUCUUCCGUCCUACGAUAUUCCCGCCCGUUACAACCAGACCGUGCCCGACCGGGCCCUCAACGCCAUCAUCGCCAUGGCACUGUACCCUCGGAUCCUCAUGCAGGAAGGCAAAGGCUGGCGCAACGUGUACACGAACCAGCUCGUCUCGCUCAUACCGCGAUCUGUCAACCACCCCUCCUCUUCCCAGACUCCCAAGACAGCACCGACGGCACCGCGCUGGCUCUCCUUCUACGAGGCCGUGCAAAACACCCGCAGCGGCGCCCUCAAUGUCUUUGAGACAUCUGCCAUCCCCGAGUCCGCGCUCGCGAUGCUCUUGGGCGCGGAAGCGGAGUUUAAGUUCUUCGCGGGGGUCUUGCUGUUGGAUGGUGGGAAGGUGAAGCUUUCGGUCAAGCGCUGGAGGGAGCUGAUGGCAGUGAAGAUCUUGAGGGAGAGGGUGUUGGGCGUGCUGGAGGAGUGUUAUAAGAGGCCUGGAGAGGUAGGAGAAGAAGGGAGGGUGUGGUUGGACAUGUGGUUGAAAAUCGAGGCGGCACAAGAGGGCUAA